CCUAGGUAAGAAAAUGUCAGCUGGAGAUGAAGAUACAGAGUUAAGGGAUCUGGUAACCCAAACUCUAGAAAACAAUGGACUUCUUGGCAAGAUACAGGCCCAACUCAGGGCUGGUGUGUUCUUGGCUUUGGAAGACACCGAUAAAAAGAACAGAAAAGUGCAUCAUAACAAGAGACUGCAGCAAUUCUUAUCAACAAAAGAAGGACUUCUGGCAGCUGGGAUCGUUCAGGAAUUUCUAGAAUUCUUCCAACUUGACUACACUGGCGCAGUAUUCGAACCAGAAACUGGAAUGAGCGGGAAGUACGAAGGGAGACCGACGCUGGAACGCCAGAUUGAUUACGAUGUUUCAGACGAACUGCCCCUAAUUGCUGCCAUCAUAAAACAGAGCUGCACAGGAGGACACAACGUACACCUCAACAGAAAGGACACAGUCUCCAGCAACACACGGGGAUCUAACCCUUCUAGCACUGCUGAGGACCCUAUCAACGAUAGCAUGGAUUUCUUAAGCAACAGGAAACCAAUAGAGGACAUGGUUAACCGAUAUGCUAAUAGCAAUACUCAGAUAUUGUCGCCGCCACACCAGUACAAAGAGGGAGGCAGGAUUCCGGAUCACGUGACUCCGGAUCACGUGACCAGUAGUGACCGCAUGACGUCACCCGACCGAGUUACAUCACCUCUAUCUGAACAGAUCUCAGAACAGAUAUCUGAGCAUAUUUCUGAGCAUAUUUCCACGGAGCACUCCAGUCAAAUGGACCAGUCAAAUGAGAAAGAAGAUCUUCACUCAACCAGGGAAUGGGACGAAGAAUGUAAGAACCUGGACGACAAGCUAGAAAAGAUUGGGAUUAAGACAUCCACAGAUGUUGGAGAUAAGACUUACGAUGACGAUUUCGAGAGAAACACGUCUGCAACCGAGGAAGUAUCCGGGAUAUCUGACAUUGACGAUCUUCUUCACACUUCCGAGAUUGGUACCGAAAAGGGAGCCGAGGAGUCGAUGUUUACCUCAGAUCACACCAUAUCUGUGGAUAGUGUCGGAGAUAUCGACUACGUUGAGGACAUCACAUUUUAACCAGACUUCAUCAGAGCUUCAGACAGUCGUGGUCAUGAUUAUACUAUCUCAUGAUCCAAUACCAAUAAUCAGAUUCAGAAUUACAUACCUACUAUAAAAUUUUCGGAGCACUCAUAAAAACUCUAAGAGAAACAAUAUUUAGUUUUUUGUUUAGCUGUCACAUAUAUUCAUGAGAUUGGAGCACAUUUUUGUGGUUUCUUGAAUUUUAGAUCGUUCCUGAUCACACUCGAAUCAAUUAGGGGGGGGGGGGGCAACGCCCCAAAAGGCCCCACACAUAUCGAAAAUCCGAAAAGGGCCCUAGAAAUCGGGGCCUUUUGGGGCCUUUUGACCCUGACCACUAUUUGAUAGUGUUUAUGGACCAUAAUCUCCAUGUAAAUACACUCAAAUAAACAUAAAAGUACUGUGCAAGUAGUCAGAUAAUAUCAUUAAAGCACUUAGCAUAUUUCAAACUUGAUGAAAUUGAAGUUAAUUCUAGGGCCCCAAAAGGCCCUACACAUAUCGAAAACCAAGAAGGGCCCUAGAAAUUGGGGCUUUUUGGGGCCUUUUGACCCUGACCACUAUUUGAUAGUGUUUAUGGACCAUAAUCUCCAUGUAAAUACACUCAAAUAAACAUAAAAGUACUGUGCAAGUAGUCAGAUAAUAUCAUUAAAGCACUUAGCAUAUAUCAAACUUGAUGAAAUUGAAGUUAAUUCUAGGGCCCCAAAAGGCCCUACACAUAUCGAAAAUCCAAAAAGGGCCCUAGAAAUCGGGGCCUUUUGGGGCGUUGGCCCCCAAUUACUACCAUUAGCAUUUACAAAAUAGCAAUAAGCAGAGCGUCAGUAACAAUAUCUAAAAUACCUAUUACUCUAUUAGGACAGAUUUGUGGAGGACGAAACACUUGUCCCCGGUAUAUUAAUACUCCUAUACUGAUUGAAAUUUAACCUCUAUCUCUCCCUAUUUCACCCCGGGUCCUACGUUGUUUAAAUCAGUACUCUCACAGUUUUAUAUUUCACAAUUUCACCUCAGAUAAUGUUAGACUCGACUUUAGUUUACCUUGUAAUGCUAUUUUGCUUGUUUAAAAAAAGGUGGAAAUGUUCUGUUGCACAAAACAUCCCUAAGUGGUUAAUUGUUAUUUCAAGUUGAAUUAGACUUCAUAGUGAAAAUGCAUCUAUUUUAAUUUAUUCUAUCACAAUUGUUCAAUUGUAAAAUAUAUUUUAACAAAGUUUAUGUUUGAGAA